CCCACAAAACCUUGACAUCGAUAAAGUGAAGGAGGAGAACUUUCCGAGAAAUCAAAACUAGAAUCGAGCUGCGAAAAUGGAGAAGAAGAAGAGUGAUGAUGUCAACUCUAAAUGGGACGCGUGUCUCGAUCUCACCGCUCGUCGCGUAGUCUACUCCUCCCUCGGCGGCGCGUUCGCCGGUCUUCUCUUCUUCAGGAGUCCCGUGACAAGAUGGGCGUCGAUUGCGUUUGGUGCUGGACUCGGUAUUGGAUCUGCGUACACUGAUUGUUCUCGUGUCUUCGAUGCAUCAUCGUCGUCUUCAGCUUCCGCCGCUUUGGUAGCUCCCAUCAGUACAGAGACUUCUUCUUCGUCUUCUUAUGUAUCUCAGGCAGAGGAAGAGUAAGAGAACGAGGAGUCUUGAGGAUGAACCCAAACAUUGAUGAUGGGUAUUUACUACAAGAGUUGUUGUUAUAUACUGGUUUUUGAGAUAAUAUGCAAUUGUUAACCCUUUGCUUUUCAGUGGUUUUGUACACAUUGGCUGAUGCCAAAACAUGUUUUACGACCAACUCAUUCCGACUUAUUUUUGGGAAGAAAAAAAAAAUCAUACGUUUUUUUAGAAAUUCAAAUCAAUAAUACUUCCGGAUUGGUUUGCUCGA